UCUACGUUCACAGCUAUUGCAGUGAGUGGGGGGAAGGCUCUGCAAGUCGAAAACAUUGUUGGUGUCGUGUUUAUAAGAAUAUUCAACGUGUCUGCACAUAAAAGUCACUGUUACGGUAGAAAUCUGUCCGCGAUGAGGGUCCUCUUCGCAGCGCUCCUGACGGCGGCGGUGGCGGCGGCGGUCGUCGUGGCCGACGAGCACUUCCAGGACGAGCUCCCGCCGGGCGACGGCCGCGACCCCCGCCAGGUCGAGUUCAGCAUCUCCUUCGACGACGACGACGACGCGGAGUCCGGCCGCGGCUUCGGCGACUCCCCGGAGGCCGACGGUUUCUUCUCAGAGGGACGCCCCAGAGCGCGCCGCCCCGUCCGCCGCCCGCAUCGCUUCCGCCGCCCCCUCGCAGGGGGCGCGCGCCCAUUCCGGCCCCAGCGGGAGUCCGUCGCCGUUAACUCCCUCGAGGAUGACAUCGGCCCUGCGUUCGUGGGCAGUGGCGUGCCCGUCCGAGGUAAUGUGCACCGCGGCCGAGAAGAGGGGGUCAUGGGGUUCCUGGAGUCCUUCAGAAGGCUCAUCCGGAGAAUGAUCUAAGUCCUCACGCGACCCAUCCUUCCAGCAGCGCUGCCAGCGAGAGAGGCCUCCGGGCGGAGGUCCUCGCUCUCCGCGCACUCACACUGGCUGGCCGUUCCAUUCCUUGAGAGAAAAGAGUUCUCGGCCGAGACCAGGGCACGUUCCGCUGGCCAGGGCAUGUUCCGCUGGCCAGGGAACGUUCUCUGCAAGAACAGACGAGCCAUAAGUAGUCUCUUAGAAGUCUGCAUGUGACACCACUUGUUUUUAUGAAGUACCUGCACACCCAUGAACUUUUUGUAUUGUGAUAAGCACUUGAUAUAAAUAUAUAUAUAUAUAUAUAUAUAUAUAUAUAUAUAUAUAUAUAUAUAUGUAACACAUUUACAUCAUGCAUUAAUACAUUUCCACACUUUAUAUAUAGUGACCAAGAUGUGACAUUAAUAUCUGUUAUGGUAGCCCGGUGCUGGCCGCUGAGGCUGUGACAUUUGUUAAUAAAUGUAAUAGUUUGAUUAGUUCCAAAUUCAAUGUUUUUAAUCCUUUAAACUGAUAAUGAUAAAUGUUUGUAAAUCCUUACAUUGUUUUCUAAUCGACCGUUGCGACUAGUUUUAUUAUGAUAUUGCCAUUUUGUACAAAAAUCCAAAAUGUAGCAUAAGUCUGAUAUCUAGAAAUAAAGUUUACCUAACAGCUAGAAUAUA